AUGCGGACGUUUAAAUUACCAGGAUUAAUCGGUGACGUCACUUCAUCCAUAAUACGAUUUGAAUUAGCAACUUCAGAAGAAGAUUUGAUAAUUAGGACGGAAGAAUCAUUCUUGACUGGUUUUUUCAGCACAUCACUGUAUUUACUAGCUCCCGGUUGGGAAGGAUACGUGGGAACAACGUUGCCUGCUUGUGAGCUAGAAGUGGAAGGAAGUCCCAAGUUCCUUUCAUUAGACUCCAACAAGGACUUCUGUAAUGUUACCGUGUACUCUAGGUCCUCCAGCCGUUUAUGUGCCAAGUUCAGUUCCCGUGGAAUGGAAAAUUAUAGUACUUGCAUUAAAAUAUAUGGGGCAAGUUGUUACAGUAACAACCUGCCCCCAAAUUAUUGUAACAACUUGCCCCGCGUGCACAAAAUGAGGUUAGGUCAAUGUUUUUUGUUCGCUGUACCCCCAAUAACCCUGCACGACGAGCUUCGAUUUAGUAAUGGCAUAAUUGUCGCAUCGAAUCUCAAAUCCAGGAUCGACAAUGACGUAAGCGACGAUAAACUACCUUUCCUCAUAGCCAGGCUGCACCUCCAGCAUGUUGGCUUAGCUAACCACCUGCCGAAUCACUCCAUGCAAUCAGAUGAUCGGAAGCUUGAUCUUUGA